UUGGGUGUCAAAAAAACAUCAUGAAGGCAUCGGUCCUUGCUCUCCUUGUGCUGUUGUUACUGGCAUCUGUAGACAGUCAGGAAGCUGAUGUGACAUUCUGGACCUGUGGUCAGAGAGGACACUGCCGCAGAUUCUGCUACGCACACGAGUACGUUGUGGGUUACCAUGGCUGUCCUCGGAGAUUCAGAUGCUGUGUAUUGCGGUAUUAGCACCCACAACCUAAAGAGCUGGUACCUGCAAGACAACACACCAUAUGGAGAUGGGCUUUUCUUCACAGAAGCUCUGUAGUAACUAGAACAUUA